AUGGCUACCGCUGUUGCAUCACCUAAAGUCCAACCAUCGGCACCACCAUCCGAUGGUGCUUCCUUGGAAAACGUCGUUGGAAUGCAUACACUUCCAGCAUCUUGGUGGAUUUCUGAAAAAGUUUUAGAGUUUGAAAAACGGGCCAUUUUCGCCAAAUCAUGGCUCUUUUGUACUCACAAGAGUAGAUUUGCAAAGGCAGGUGACUACUAUGCCUUCAAUCUGUUAGGAUGGAACUUUUUUAUUAUCAGAACAAAGGAGGGCGAAUUCAAGGCGUUCCAUAACAUUUGCAGACAUCGUGCAUAUCCUGUUGUUAGAAAGCAACAAGGUUCAUCGACUAUCAUUGGAUGUAAAUAUCAUGGCUGGUCAUAUGAUACCAAUGGUAAAUUGAAGAAGGCACCCCAGUUUGACAAUGUUGAAGGGUUUGAUCCUGAGGCAAACUCAUUGUAUGCAAUUAAAACUCAUGUCUCUAGACAAGGUUUGAUUUUUGUCAAUUUCGACAACACCGAAGACGCCCAACCAUUUGAGGAGUUUUUUGCUGGAUUACAAGAGGAAAUGGACGAAUAUGAUUUUGGAGAUUAUGAGUAUCAUAUGUCGUAUGAGCUCGAUGGUCAAUUCAAUUGGAAGACUUUGAUGGAUGGAUACCAGGAAUGUUACCAUUGUCCAACCGCACACCCGGGCCUUAAUCAGGCAUUUAAGAUGGAGACUUACAAGGUUGUCCCUAAGGGUAACUACUGUAGACAUUAUGCGAAAAUCACCGAAAUGGUUGACGAGGUGAUUAAGGAGGAGGAGGAUCCGGAUAGGGAAUCUUCUUGGUUUGGGUUUGGCAAGAAAAAGGAAGCCCCAAAGAAAGUUACCAAAAAGAGGGAAAACCCAGGUGGGGAAUUCAAUGGAUUGUGGUGCUAUCUCUUCCCAAACAAUGGCGUCAAUUGUUAUUCUCCUGCUUGGUAUUCCAUCCGUGUUUUGCCAAUCACCGCCAAGAGAACCAUCUUACAGUACGAUAUCUAUACAAAGAAGGGGUUAAACGACGACAAGAAGAAAGAGUUUGUUGAUUUUCUUCAGCAAGUUGAGAUUGAAGAUUAUAACCUCUGUGAGGCAACACAAAAGAAUUUGAACAAUGGAAUCUACAAAACCGGUUAUUUACAUCCAACGAGGGAGAGAGGAGUUUUACAUUACCAAAGUCUUGUUCGUGAUUUGGUUAAGAAACACUAUGCCAUUGAGGAGGCAGCCGGCCAUCCAGUGAACCCUGCAGCCUUGUCGGCAUCACAGAGCAAGGAUGCAGAAGAACUGGAGAAGAUGUGUGCUGGCAUUGAAUGUAUGGGAUCUACACCGGCUGAAGGUCUUGAAUGGUAA